AUGACUUAUAUUGCUCGGCGACAUCAGAUGCUUUUCCGUGUAGCACACUUCAGACACUGUCUUGUCGUUCUCAGACGACAACACUCGGUAUUGAUGAAAGAUGCGCUCAAUGGCGGCAUCACACUCUCGCCCUUCAUAUCACGACAAAUGGACAAUGUAGGAAGAGCGCUGAGCAGCAAAAAAAACAUCAAAAGGCAGAAAAAGUGGCGCCGUCUAUAUUGGAUACUGUAA